AUGAAUAAAUUUCCCCCACUUAACAUCACCGAAGACACUACGUCAUGGGGCACGCGGUGGGAGGAAGUCACUAUAAAAGCUGAAGGACUGACGUGCAACAGGGAGUUAACUCACGCCUCUGACAUGAAUCUCCUUUUAGUGACUACAGCGACUCUCCUGGCUUCCUGCAGCUCAGCGAAGCUUGGCGGAGGUCAUGGGAAUGCGGGAAGAUCCUUCGGCGGAGGAGCUGCGUUCGGUGGCGGUCAUGGUCCUUCAGGCACCGUCAGUACGGGGUACCUCACGCCCGCUACUGGAGGACAUGGCGUCGUUGGGGCCGCUGGAAUUCAUCAUGGCGGACCUCCAGUAACUGGACAUGGCCCUACCAUUCCUGUAGGAGGACAUGUAGGAAGCGCGGUCCACCAGAGUCCUGUUGUAGGACAUGUCGGUGGGCAAGUUCACGCUAGCGGAUUCGCAAGUGGAGGUCCCGUUGGUAGCCAGCCUGUAAUCCCAGGAGCAGUUGACGUUCGCUACAGUGGACCUGGUGCCCAACACAGCGCACUUGAUGGGAUUGGGCCAGAUGAGGCAGCGCUCAUAAUCAAGGGAUCUUUCGAUUUUGGUCAUGACGACGACAUUAAAGGCAGCCACUCUGCUUCCGGAGCCUUUAAUAGUGCACAUGCUGGAGGAUUUGGUGGUGCAAGUGACCAUGAAUCUUCUGAGGAAGACCACGAAGGUGAUAUAAUCGUCGGCAGUGAAUACAGCGGACCCGUUGGUGGAGGACAUUUCAGUGAGGUUCCUGCUGGCGAGGAGCACAGUCUUCACGCUCUUUCUGGAGGCCAUGUAGCAGUUGGACACGCUCUUUCUGGUGGUAUUGGAGGUGGACACGCUGUUUCUGGAGGCCACAUUGGAGGAGGACACGCUAUUUCUGGAGGCCAUAGUGGAGGAGGACACGCUGUUUCUGGAGGCCAGUUUGGAGGUGGACAUGCUCUUACUGGUGGUGUUGGAGUAGGACACGCUAUUUCUGGAGGCCAUGUUGGAGGAGGACACGCUAUUUCUGGAGGCCAUGUUGGAGGAGGACAAGUUAUUUCUGGAGGCCAUGUUGGAGGAGGACACGCUAUUUCUGGAGGCCAGUAUGAUGGUGGACAUGCUGUUGCUGCAGGCCAGACUGGAGGUGGAGGCCAUGUAGCAGCUGGACACACUCUUACUGGAGGUAUUGGGGGUGGACACGCUGUUUUAGGAGGCCAGGUAGCAGGAGGCUCUAUUGCAAGUGCAUAUGCCGCCUCCGGAGGUCAAAUCGGAGGUGAACAUGCUGUUCCUGCAGGCCACAUUGCAGGAGGACAUACUGUUUCUGGAGGCCAUGUAGCAGUUGGACACGCUCUUUCUGGUGAUAUUGGAAGUGGACACGCUGUUUCCGGAGGCCAAAUUGGAGGAGGACACUCUCUUUCCGGAGGCCAGUUUGGAGGUGGACACGCUGUUUCUAGAGGCCAUAUUGGAGGAGGUCUCGCUGUUUCCGGAGGCCAGUUUGGAGGUGGACACGCUGUUUCUGGAGGCCAUAUUGGAGGAGGACACGCUGUUUCCGGAGGCCAAAUUGGAGGAGGACACUCUGUUUCCGGAGGCCAGUUUGGAGGUGGACACGCUGUUUCUGGAGGCCAUAUUGGAGGAGGACACGCUGUUUCCGGAGGCCAUAUUGGAGGGGGACACGCUGUUUCCGGAGGCCAGUUUGGAGGUGGACACGCUGUUUCUGGAGGCCAUAUUGGAGGAGGACACGCUGUUUCCGGAGGCCAGUUUGGAGGUGGACAUGCCGUUUCUGUAGGCCAAAUUGGUAGUGGAAACGCUGUUAGUGUAAGCCAUGCUGGAAGUGAACAUGCUGGACCUCUCCUUUCCGGAGGCUCCAUUGCAGGUGGACACGCUCUCUCUGGAGGCGCCAUUGGAAGCGGAUAUUCCACUGGCAGCUCAUUUGGGAACACACAUGUUCCUUCUGGAGGCUCAGUUGGAGUAGCUGUUUCAACAAAUGGCAUUGCGAACGGUUUUGACAUUCGUGGCAGUGCUGGAGCUCCAUUAGAUGCCAAAUUCCCUACAGUCUCUGUUCUUAGACCAACCGGAGGUGAUGCUUUUGGAACCUCACAUGGAGCACAGGCUGAUAUUCAUAAUGUUGGUAGUGUACAUGGAGGACAAGGAGACGAACACAUUAGCGUACAGCAUGGUGUAGGGGCUGCCUUUGGGGGAGCCAGUUACAAUGGUCCUGCAUUUGAUCGUACUCCUCAGUUCGCCAACCUACAUUCCUUCGGAGGGGGGCAUGUCGCAAAAGGAAAUGCUGCUAGCUUGGUUUCCUUAGGACAACAAGGAUCCACUGUUGACGCUCAUGCCGCCCCCCUUACUGUAGGACAUGGUUCCUCAGUCGUGGGAAGUCAUGCAGCUACUGUAGUUGCAGGACACAAACCAUCGGCUGGAGUUGGAAGAGGACCUUUCCUAGGAAGUCCAGUCAAAGUAUCUGCACACCGGCAUGGAGCCUUAGGUAAUCAUCACGGCGGAGCGACUGCCACUGUCAGCUUUAACAUCGGCUCUCCUCUAAGCAAGCAGCCACUGAAGGGGAGUCACGCUGGGAUCGGCCUACAUGAUUCUGGGGCCGUGAGGAGCAGCCACAGAGCUCCUGUCGACGGACCAUCUGAAUUUAGGUCUUCUCUGGGAAUGAAACUACUAGAGAAAAAUUGUGUUUUUGCCACAGAUAUUGUUUUGGAUGACAGUAGGAACUUCCUUCCUGGCUACCUGCAGUCUGGCAGACAAGACAAGGCUUCGCUGGACAUGGCGGGAACGGGCCAGCUUCAGGACACGGAGGAAGCGGAGUACACAAUAUUCCUUUUAUCCCUAGUGAAGUAUUUACUGGGAAUGCAUUUCAUGGCGUUGAUGAGCACGGACCGUUUGGAGGACAUCCUCCUAGUGUGCCUUCUCACAUACCUAGGACAUCUUUUGGUAGUGGAAUCGGACAGUCUGCUGAAAGUGUCGGAGGAAUACAGUCUAUAG